UCCUGCGUGUCCGAGGACAUCCCAGACCGUCGCCCUCGCCUCCAGAGAUCAUGACCAACCGCCAAUUUCCCGGGAAUUUCGGAAAAUUCCGCCGCCGCACCGCCGAAUACGUCGUCCUAGCCGUCGCCCUUAUCCAAGGAGUCCUGACAGCUCCUGCCCAGUCCCGGGUCAUGAAUCAACCCCCCUCGAACGAGGUGAUCUAUGCAAGACCCGAAAUCGCCGCGGCGCUCGCGGAGCACUACGAAGCUUUGGAAGGCGACGUAACUCGGCCGGAUAUCGAGGGAGGAAACCCGUCCAACCGAGGUGGAAAUUUGCUUGGCAAACCAGCGAAUGUCAGGGCCGAUUCGACUCCGAGUGGGCUGGUCAGGAUCGGGGCUGGGCAGAAAUUCGGAUCAUCCAGAAAUUCGAAUGGCAUCGUGGGAGGACACUCGGGGAGGAGUCCAAACGACAUUAGAGUUGAACGGUCGUUCAGAAAUUUCGAUGGCAUCGGAGGAGGACACCCGUUUGGAAAUUUGGACGGAAGCGGCGCUGGGGAGUCGGCCAGAAAUUUAGAUAGCAUCGGAGGAGGGGGAACGGAGCCCCGGAAUUUGGACAGGAUCGGAAGAGGACAUCUCCUAAGGGACCCCAGACACGGUUUGGACACUCUCACAGGAAUUUCAUUUGGGGAAAGCAAACGAUCGAGGGGCUUCAACAAUCGGCCAGGCACCUUCGACGAGAUCGACCGAUCGGCCUUCGACGACUUCGGGAAGCGCGAUUCGGACGGCCUCGGCAAGAGGAACAUCGACGAGAUCGACCGAACGGGCUUCGACAGUUUCGUCAAGCGGAACUUGGACGAGAUCGACAGGGCCGGCUGGAACGGACUCCUGAAGAGAGACCUCUUCGAGGCGUAUCCGCGCGAUCGCCUGCAUUAAUCGGCCGCGCCUCUUCGGGCUCGUCCGACCCCGUCCCGUCCCCGUCCCGUCCCCGUCCCGUACCUCCGAACCACGUCCCCUGGGUACUCGCAUCUUGAGACGCUUGCAGAGGAAUCGACGAUUCUCCAAAAUCCUUCCAAGAUCCUUCUCUUCUGGAAAUCGCGAAUUAGCUUUUCCGACAUCUCUCCCCGAAGCCUCGAGGUCAGGGCACGGCCCUUUUCCGUCCUCCCUCUUGUCCGGGGCAUCCCGAGAGCCCGUGCAAAAAUAUCCAGGAUACUCCGAAACGGUCGAAGGACUCGCGAUUCAUUUUCGGGGGCGGAGCUGCAGUCAAUUAAAAAGUACAGAGACGAAUUUCGAGUCGAGAGGAAAAACCGUGAAAAGGGAGUCGGGAACGCGCGAGGGUCGGUCCAAAAAAUAAAAGAAAAAAUGAGAUCAAAAAGGGGGAAAAAGCGAGCUCGAAACCCUCCAGCGACGGGGCUGCCGAGAUUUUGGGCAUUUUCGGGGCUUUUUCCGCGUACUCGUCGGCACGAUAGGAUUAAUUAGAGCGGAAGGGCGAUAUUCGAGAAUUGCGAGGAUUUCGAGGAUACCGUUGAACUCAUCCUUCGGAAAGAAAACGGGAAGAACGGGAAAAACGGAACGAGGUCCUCGAUCGAGAACCCAUAAUUACGUCGAUGUGUCGUUGUAACUCAUUAACAAAAUACUCGUAAUUCUAUCCCGCAUCGGGAGCCUCUCGAUGCGAGAGCCUCUCGUCCUGCGAAUCUCUCGAGCGAGGCGAUAGCGGAUACCUUUGUCCGAGCGAAUUUGGAGCGAUAUUAGGAGCGAAGGAUACCGUUUUGGACCGUCCGUCCUUUCGGAGAUGUCCGAGGACCGAUCGGUCCUUCCCUUAUUUAUUUCUCGCUUUUUCUCUCUCUCUCUCUCUCGGAAUAGCGCGCUGCAGAUCUGUAUAAACAAAGCUGAAAUAAAGACUAACAUCCGUGCUUC